GUUCUUCAUCAUCACAUGACGUCAUCAUGCCAUGUGCUGUCAUCAUGCCAUGUGACGUCAUCGUGCCAUGUGACGCUCAGCGCCCCCUGCUGGCCGCGUUCCGCUCCGCUUCUUCCUCCUCCUCCUCCUGCGUGUCUCAGAUUUCCGGCAGUCCCUGAAGGCGUCACACCAAACCACAUCCAUCAUUAUUAUAACGGAGACAGAAGCGGACCGAGCGGACCGGGCCGUACAGAGCCGGACCGAGCCGUACCGAGCGGACCGAGCAGCGUCCACAGCACGAUCGUUCUUCUUCCCCCUGCAGAGACGAUGGAUGAGAACACGAGUCGAGUCAUCGCGGUCGCAAUGUUUCUUCUCGCCGCGAGCUUGCCCAGCUGCGGCGGCGGGUCGACCGGUGUAGACUGCAGCCCGUCGACAACCACAGAGACGAGCGGCGCCGCGCGUUUACUGUCGGCUGUGGUCGACACGCAGAGAGCCGAGCGGACCCAGAGGCAACACCUGGAGGCUCUGUUCAACAGAUAUGGAGAGAACGGCACCAUCUCUCUGGCCGGGUUGAAGCGCCUCUUACAGAACGUGGGCUUGGAUCGCAUCAGGACGGUUAUGGUGCAACAUCACGAGCAACCGGGCCACCAUGACCAGCACCGCCACCACCAUCAUCAUCAUCACCACCACCAGCACGAAGGCCACCAUCACCAGAAACACGUCCACAAGGCCAAAGAUCAGGACAGCCAUCACAACCUGCAGACGGCGGCGGCGGCGGUGGCUCAGGCGGUCGGCACCACGGUGGUGUACAGCGCUGAGCUGGUGGUGAGACGAGAUGGCAUCCCAGAAAGCACCAGGGCGUCUGCCGGACUGGUCACUGAAAGCCAGACGCAAGCAGCCGCUGUCAGCCACGGGGAUCAUCAUGACCAUAAUGACAGUCACGACCACGAUCACGACCACGAUCAUGACCACGAUCACGACCACGACCACGAUCAUGAUCACGACCACGAUCACGAUCACGAUAACAGUCACAACCGAAGCACGGACAGCGUUGAGUGUCUGAGCGCCUCCAACAUCCUCGCCUCACACGGGAUGUCUGAGGAGGUGGGCGUGACCCUCAGCGACUUCAGCUUCCUCUGCCCCGCCCUCCUCAACCAGAUUGAUAGCGGGGCGUGCAUCCUGCACGGAGACGCCGCAGGACACGAGGAGAGAGACCAUAAACACAGCCACGGUCACCACGGUGACCACAACAGCUCCCACCACGACCAUGGCGAGCGCUCUGAAAGUGGCAAAAGCAUCACGAUAGCCUGGGUCGGCGGGUUCAUCUCCAUCACGAUCAUCAGCCUGCUCUCCCUGCUCGGCGUCGUCCUCAUCCCGCUCAUGAACAGAGUUUUCUUCAAGUUCCUCCUCAGCUUCCUGGUGGCGCUGGCCGUCGGCACGCUGAGCGGCGACGCCUUCCUUCAUCUCAUCCCGCACUCUCAGGGAGGCCACCAUCACCACCACGAGGAUUCUGGGAUGAACUUCUCGGAGGGGCAUCACCACCACGCCGACGAGCACGAGGAAAACCUGGACGCUGUGUGGAAGGGCCUGACGGCUCUGAGCGGAGUCUACUUCAUGUUUCUGAUCGAGCACUUCCUGACGCUGGGAAAGAUGUACAAGGACAAGAAACAGAAGAUCCAGAAGAAGUGGGACCAGAACGACAAAGCCGAUCCAGAGAAGCAGCCCGCGCUGCAAGAGAACGACCUGAAGCCGGCUGAAGAUGUGGAGACGAACGGUGCCGGUAUAUUUGGCGACCACCCGAGCGGGCUUCACGGCGGCGGCGUGGCGGAGGAGGAGCAGGUGAUGCUCGCCCCGCAGGUGUCCGUCGUCUCGCCGCAGGGUUACGGCGGAGCGUCGGGGGCCGCGGCCUACACUGCGGAGGACUGCGAGAACAAAUGCCACUCCCACUUCCACGACACGGUGGGCCAGGCCGACAGCAUGCACCACCACCACCACGACUACCACCACAUCCUGCACCACCACCACUCCCAGAACCACCACCCUCACAGCCACUCACACUCCUACUCGGAGCAGCACUUCCAGCAGGCCGGCGUGGCCACGCUCGCCUGGAUGGUGAUCAUGGGAGACGGACUGCACAACUUCAGCGACGGCCUGGCUAUCGGCGCUGCCUUCACGGAGGGUCUGUCCAGCGGCCUCAGCACGUCUGUGGCUGUUUUCUGUCACGAGCUGCCUCACGAGUUGGGUGACUUUGCGGUGCUGCUGAAGGCCGGCAUGACGGUCCGCCAGGCCAUUCUGUACAACGUGUUGUCGGCCAUGAUGGCCUACUUGGGCAUGGUGACGGGCAUCUUGAUCGGACACUACGCGGAGAACAUCUCCAUGUGGAUAUUCGCCCUCACAGCCGGGCUCUUCAUGUAUGUGGCCCUGGUGGACAUGGUGCCUGAGAUGCUGCAUAACAACGCCGGGGAUCACGGCUUCAGCCACUGCGGCUUCUUCCUGCUGCAGAACGCCGGCAUCCUGCUGGGCUUCUGCAUAAUGCUGCUAAUCGCCAUUUUUGAGCACAAAAUCCAGCUGGACCUGGGAUACUGAAGGAGAGGAGCUCCAUCCUCGGCUUCGUCAGAAGUGUUACGUGUUUUUUUUUUUAUUUGCUGUAGACAGAGUCGCCUUGUUUAGUUCGUCCUCAUGCUGUAGGAGAAAAGAAUCCACGCGGAUCAGAUGUAACGUAGGAAGUUGCCAUGUUUCCUUCUCAGAUUUCUUUUGCCUCUUUUUUUGUUUUUUUCAGUUUCUUUGUGUCUUUAGUUUGUUUGUGCUGCUGAGUCACCGGGUCAGUGUUCCAGUCGAUACCCCAAGUGCCAAAACAGCCCCACUGUGAGUACUGAAGUACUGCAACAACUACAAGAUGAAGAUUUAAUGCGACAACUUAGUCGAUGAUUUGUUUGCCUCGUCCGACCAAAACUUAAAGGACCUUCAAAUUUUCCCACUUCAGAAGCUGGAAUGAGUUUUUAUUGAAACCAUGAAACAAAUCUGCAGCAACGCUAAAAACAUUCAUAUUUCAAACUGAGGCAGGUUUGUUUGACUCUACUUAACUUCAAAAUGUUUACUGGGCCGACAUACAAAGUGUUAAAGCGAACGGACGCGCUGCACAGACGAAAUGUUCAAUGUCAGCGACCUGGACGAGAUCCCGGAUGAGAUCUUAGACAGAAUCUUUGAUGACCCAGAAACAAAAGGUUAAUAAUUAGUUCUGAUAUCAUAAUCGAUAUCAGAACAGGUGCCAUGUAAACGUGCAGGAGGGCCUCUGUUGACCACGGCCAGCAGAGGGCGCCGAGGGUCCGCUGAUCAGCAGGACGAGGACUUAAAGACGGUCCACGACGCUGCAGGAGAGAAGAACCCAUCACACAGCCUGAUCAAGCCAUGUCAAAGAAAGUUUGAGCUGAAGCGACAGAAAAUCCGUCCACGAAAUCACCCAGAGCUGAGUCCGAUGAAGGAAGAGGAACUCUGCGGGUCGAACCUUCGACUGUCGCCCAAUUUCAAAGUCUGAUCGUCGUCUGUAGAUUUUCAGAACGAAUUUAAGGAAACUCUCGAUCUCAUGAAUCUAUUUAGAAAGAGAAGAACGAUGAUCGUCUCUCCUCUGAAGCUUAUUGAAGAAGUCGUGUCGCCGCUCUUCGUCUGUGGGCGGAUCUGGAUGGUUCUGAUCCGUAUUCAUGGAGCUGAAGAAGACGUCUGAGGACAGAGGUGAUGGUCUGUUGUUGGUGGACGGCCAUCACCCGAUCCUUCUGUGCAGUCUGCAUCUGAAGGCGGCUGUUCGAGCGUGUAGAGCAUCGGCACGUGUUUCUCUACGGACGCCACGAGUCCGCCGUGUUUCCACCAGAACAAACAAAUCAAACGCUGAAACAUUUCAUCACGUUUCACGUCGACGAAUGAGCUCGACAUUAGAAAUGUCUGACUGCCACCAACGACACGAGCAAACCUCAGCUCCCCAGCUGACCCUCGAGAUGGUCCCUGACUGGCCGGCCUUGACCUUUGACCUUUGUCCUCCUCUGUGCGGCGUCUGUCCGAUGAAUUAUGGAAACAGACUCGGCACGUAGACGUUUUUAAUUUAUUUUAUUGUUACAGUUGAAGCGUUAACGUGGCAGCUCAACACUGAUGAAAAAUAACUUCCAUCAUUUUCUGUUAUCUUUGUCGUUAGUCUUUAAUCUUCGUUACAAUAUUCAUCCUGUUCAGUUUAAGUGAUCUGACAACAGAUGUCCGUAAAAAGAGCGUAUAUGACAUGUACAGUAUUAAACUGUAUGUAUAUAUUUAUGUACACGUCAACGUGCUGUUUGUUGUGAGUCUAUGUUACAUCGACACCAACCAAAAUAAUCAAAUGAAGCUAAAAUCAUCACGUCUGCGUCAAGUUUCUCAAAGUUUAAAUGUUCAUCGAAACGAACUCGUCGUCACUCGAACUUUGAUUUAUUUAUUGAUUCUAUCUGGAAGACGGCGCAGCAGCUGAAACGAGUCGAGAGGUUGAACUUCUUAUUUCAUCGCACGUUUGUUGGUUGCGUUCGUAUUUUCGAAACGUCUCCGCACGAGAGAGAAAAAUCAUUUGAAUGUUUUUCACGUUCAAACAGCUGAAAUCAUCUGUUUCUUUUUUAAAUGUAUUUUUGUCACCAUGCAUGUUUUGUUUUUUUUUUUCUAAAUGCAAAAUGUGUAUUAAAAAAACUGUUACGACCACACCGGCCUCAACAAUCAGUUGACGCAACAGUUGCCGAUUUGUGCAACUUUUUGACCUUGCAGUCAACCUGUUCUGCUGUAAAUGGUGUUUCUGUUAUUCUGUCCACCUGCAGCGAGCUUCAGGCAGCUCGACUCACUUUGUCUGUGACAUUCCUCAACACAAAUAAACUCGGUCGCCUUCA